AUGGCUGACAAAACAGCCAUUCGUUCCAAAAAAACAAAACAUAGCAGAACAAGUUGGUCCGAACUUCCAAUUGACCCUUUUGAAUUGAUCUUAUCAAAACUGUCCCCAGGAAGCAUACUGCGGCUCGAAGUAGUUUGUCGUCCAUGGCUUAAGGCCAUCAAAUACAUCUCACGCUCAUCGCCGUCCUUCACUUGCUUACCAGAGCCGCCGCUGCUCCUUGCUUUUCAAGACGAGGGCAAAGAUGGUGUUGGUUUUUACAGUCUUGAAGGCAAGUUUUACAACAUGCCUAAACAGUUAUGCGAUGGAGAUAGUAUUUGCAUUGGGUCCUCUCACGGCUGGCUACUUUUCUUGAGCAACAAGAAACAACUGCUGCUCUUAAAUCCAGUAUCUGCAGGGAUCCAGCUUCUGCUCCCACCACUUGAUACUUUUCUGUAUAGCAUUGAUCCAGUAAUUGUUCUCCAGAAGUCUGGGAGACAUUGGCGACAAAGGAUGCUCAAGGUUGCUGUCUCUUUGCAACCAACCUGCGGCAACAAAAAAAGCAUUGGGGUCUUGCUAAUGUACAAUUACCACGGUUCCAUUGAUGGGUGUAACUGUCUUGCUUUCUGCACGCCUGCGGAUAACAAGUGGACAAAGCUUGCCGGGCAGAAAGCGUAUGUUGAUGUUACGAGCGAUCACAAUGGCUUCUAUGCCUUAAACGUAGAUUACAGCGUUGAAGUCUGGGAUUUCACCAAUUCCUUGAUUCCCAUAAAAAAAAAGUUGGAAAUUAUCCCAGCUGGUGCGCCCUUGGAACUAAAACUAAAUAAUUGGUUCCCAAAGCCCUGCAUAGCCAAAACUGGGGCAAGUGAUCUGUUCUUGGUUCAGAGGAUCAGUUCUUUGCCCAUCCUCCCGGUUCCAUUCAUUGUUUAUAAGCUCGAAUAUAAUAAUCGGGAUGGUACAUGUACAUCUGGAUGGACAAAGGUGGAAUCCUUUGGCAACCAGGCAUUGGUUUUGGGUUCGAAUCAGUCCAUAUUCGUCACACCCCAGGAAUUUGAUCAUGAGAACUCAAUCUACUUCACCUAUGCACCAUCUUAUGACACCUGUUUUUUAUGCGUGUAUAAUUUGAGAAGGAAAAACAUAAAAAGAGUCAGUGAUGAUCUUGGAUUAACAGGGCUUGAAAAACAAGUUUACUGGCUUGAACCUCGUCUUUUUAGCACGGUGGCUAGCUAG